AACAGUAAUUGGGGACGUUUUAAACAAUGGAAAAAAGAUAUUCUGGAUAUUUCAUCGCUUUAAUAUUUAUUGCAAGCAAGCUUCUUUAUUGUCAAGCAUUGUUUGAAUCCCCAGUGAAGAAGAAAAAUGUGCUUAAUACAAGACUUAAGGAAGAAAUUCUGAAACUUGCUAAAGAGUCCAUGGCAGAGAGCAUUUCAAAAGUAAGUAAAGAGUUCCAGAAAAACUUGGAAGAUCUACGAAUCGACAUGAUGCGGAGGGAUGUGGAAAUCUAUGAAGAAAUACAUGAUAUAAAGGAAAAUUUCAUAGGAAAGGAGACUGCUAUAGAAAAUCAGACGGCAAUCCAAGAUGACGGAGAAAAAAGAAUUUGGUCAAUGAAAUUGGAAUACUUAGAGGCAAGACUGAAUAAGACUUCCCAGGAAAGUAAGAACAAUGCUGAUACACUCCAAGAAAAAUUUGAAAUAUUAGAAAGUGAAAAUAGAAGGAUAUUGUCUCGAAUAGCUACAACUGAAAUUACUGUUAUGAAAGUGGCAUCGCAGUCGUCAGUUAACAUGAAUGAUUCGGAAGGUUUUAUUUUCACAACCUAUUUGCAAAAAGUGGAACAUGUAGAAGAUAGACUAAACGAGAUAAAUGAAACUAUCCAGGAUGUUUGUAACUCAACCACAGAUAUACAGAAGGCCAUGGAAACCUUUCAAUCAAAAGUAAUGACGCUCAACAGAUCUGUUGACGCACUCAACGUAUAUGUUAAUUCAACUUUAAAUGAUAACACCAAAGCUAUACAAGAUCUUGCAGACUUUAGCAAUAAUAUCCAGCUUAAUAUGACCAAGGUUAUAAAGGAAAGUGACCAACAUUUUUCAAACGAGUUACUGAAAUUGAUGAGGGGCGUCUCUGAAGUAAAAAACCACAGCAAAUCGAAUUCAGAAUCUCUUCAGGACCUCUCAUCUGAGGAAAAACAGCUCGAGGUGCAAGUAAAACAACUUAUUCGAGAUAAACAAGAUCUGAAGAAUGAAAUGACAGUCUUGAAAAACCAUUUCAAUAUUACAGUAUCUAAUUUUGAUGAUAUUGAACAGAAACAAAGAGAAAUAUCGGAUGAUUUAAUGAAUAGUGUAUUGCAGAUUUCUUCACUCUCUGAGGCUUGGAAUAUCACAAACGAAGAUUUAGCGAGUCUGAAAAAAUCUUUUUCUGAAAAUUUGACUGAUUUUAAAACGCAGGCACAAUUAUUUUGCGAGGAGAAUUUAAAUCAGACUGAACAGCUCAACAACAUAACAGCCUCUGUAGACGAUCUUCAACGCAAAAUACAUACAAUAGGAAAUACAGAGGACUUGAGGCUGACGUUUCAGAAACUGCAAGAUGUGAUGCUAUCUCUGAAAAACGUUACAGUUAAUCAACAAGCGGUGUCGGGAGCCGAGCAAAAUUUGAUUUCGUUUUUGAUGAAGAACGUUUCCGACCACGAGCAAAGGUUAACAAACUUGUCAAGCGAACUGACUUCAAACAAGAAUAGUAUUAUCACUAUCCAAAGUGAUAUUGCCGCUUUAAUAAAUGUGAAUAGAGAUCAGAAUAGAUCAAUCUCCAGAAGAAAUCUAGAGGUGACCCAACGACCUACAGUACAACUGCGUGUUCGAUUGGUUGGAGGCAACUCUGCCAGCGAAGGACGAGUGGAGGUUUAUUACAAUGAUACUUGGGGGACAAUCUGUGACGAUAAUUGGGCGAGCUCUGACGCUAGAGUUGUUUGUAGAAUGCUGGGGUACACAAGGACUUAUGUUGGAUACGAACAGGCUCGUUAUGGACAAGGAGUAGGUCACAUCUGGUUGGACGAAGUCGGAUGCUCAGGAUCAGAAUCCACAAUAUUUUCUUGUAGACACAGUGGGUGGGGGGUUCACGACUGUUCUCAUAGUGAAGACGCAUCUGUCGUGUGCACUUAAA